AUGGCAGUUUCAAUUACUCUUAUAGUAGCCAUCGUUUCUCUGCACCUCUUCGCUUUCGUUUUCGCUAUCGGCGCCGAACGACGUCGUAGUCAGGCUACGGUGGUUCCCGAUGAGUACGACGACCGAUCUUUCUGUCGUUACACCACCGACGCUUCUACUGUUUACGGUCUCGCCGCCUGCUCUCUCCUGCUCCUCAGUCAAGCUAUCCUUUACGCUGUUACUAGAUGUCUCUGCUGCGGUAAAGGUCUUGUCUCCGGUUGUUCCACUACUUGUGCGGUUACCUUCUUCGUUCUUUCAUGGCUUGGUUUUUUGGGAGCAGAGGCGUGCUUAUUAGCAGGGUCUGCGCGGAAUGCAUACCACACAAAAUACCAAGGAUAUUUUACAAAGCAUGACUUGUCUUGCGCCACUCUUCGCAAGGGUGUAUUUGCUGCUGGGGCUGCCUUGACCUUGUUCUCUAUGUUGGCUUCCAUUUUGUACUAUUGGGCACACUGUAAGGCCGACACUGGCUUCUGGGAGAAGCACCAAAAUGAAGGUAUUGGAUUGGCCACACACAAUCAUGGUCCUGAAUCUGAUAAGCCCUGA